AGAGACACGGUUAGUGGUUUUGGUUUCUUGAUUAAGGAAUAUCCUCUUAUUCUUCCUUCUACUUGCAGAUGUACUCAUAUAAUAUGCUGAUGUUUUGUUUCUUAAUAUGAAAUCUUGCCCCUUACAUGUAUAAAAACAGACCAAUCAUAUAGUACUGGCUGUUUGCUCUUUCAUCAAUCAGAUAAAGUUUUCUUGGUUUUUAGUGUUGAUGUAAUUGUGGGUAUUUUUCAUUUCUUGAAGAUAGUUUAAUGGAGUUGUUGUUAGUGAUUUAUAUUGUUUGAUUGUUCUUUCUGUUUCACAGUUUUGUACUUUGAUGUGAGAAGUUAUGUAUCCAUCUUUGGGUUAAAGAAUUUUAAUCUGUCUUUUUUAGCAUGUUCUAGAUUUUGUGUUGAGAAUAGAAAUUGUAGAUUUUUUUUAAUUGAAUCGUUGUCCCUUUUUGCUAAAUUUUGAAUCUUUAUUGGUGGUUGAUUAUGUUGCUUAGACUCUUUAAAAAUGUCUGAACAAUGUGUGUUGGAAGUUGGAACCUUCAAACUGCAUUUUUGGAGAGUCCGGGCAACAUAGGUGGCUACUUCAAAAUCAAUACUGUACUGAGUAGAUUAGCACAUUGUUGUAAUGUAGUUUAUGUAACGAUAUGUUGUUUCUUGUACUGCCGUUACUUCUUUUUCUGGACUACUUUGAACUGUUAUUCCUUGAACCGAGGUUCUAUGGGAAACGACCUCUCUACUUCUAAGGUAAGGCUAAGGUCUGCCUACACUCUGCCCUCCCAAGACCCCACUUUGUGGACUACACUGGGUAUGUUGUUGUUUGUUGUAGAAGAUUGUGCACCUGCAAAGCUUGUUCUUUUGAUAUAGUUUUCAAUGUUAAGUUGUUUGUGAAUUGGGCGCUGGAUACAUUUUUCUCGUUCAUAGAUUAUUUGCUGCUAAGAAUUUAAGAUGUAUUGUUUUGUCUCUUAUUUGCACUUGGUUCAUGUGAAGUAGAUUUCAUUGGGAGGAACUUUCGUCGAGCAAAGCGGUGGGGAUAUAAUAGUGGUUGCUGAAUGAGGUUGGAUAAGCAGUCCAGUGGUCUGCUUGAUACUCUAAAAAUGGAGACAGUUAGGACGAUCUUAACUCAUUCUUAUCCGUAUCCACAUGAGCAUUCACGGCAUUUGGUCAUUGCAGUGUUUGUGGGAUGCUUAUUUUUUAUAUCAUCAGAUAACUUGCAUACACUUAUUCAGAAGUUAGAUAGCAAUGUCAAGUGGUGGUCAAUGUACACCUGUCUGCUUGGAUUCUUUUAUUUCUUUUCAUCUCCGUUUAUAGGGAAGACAAUCAAACCAAGUUACUCGAACUUUAGUCGAUGGUAUAUAUCCUGGAUACUUUUGGCUGCUCUCUAUCAUCUUCCCAGUUUUCUAUCUAUGGGAGUAGAUCUCAGGAUGAACCUGUCUUUGUUUCUGACCUUAUUUGUUUCGUCAAUUUUUAUUCUUCUCGUUUUCCAUGUUAUAUUUCUUGGGCUUUGGUAUCUUGGCCUUGUUGCCCGCGUGGCUGGAAAAAGACCUGAGAUCCUGACAAUUGUGCAAAAUUGUGCUGUUUUAAGCAUAGCAUGCUGUGUGUUUUAUAGUCAUUGUGGCAACCUUGCUGUAGCAAGGGAAAAGACAUUUGGUCGGAGGAAUUCUAGUUGGUUUUCAUUUUGGAACAAGGAAGAGCGGAGCACUUGGCUUACAAAACUAGUAGGCAUGACUGAGUUGAAAGAUCAAGUCUGCAAAUCUUGGUUUGCUCCUGUUGGGUCAGCCAGUGAUUACCCUUUUUUGUCCAAAUGGGUUAUCUAUGGAGAGUUAACGUGCAACGGAUCAUGUGCAGAAUCGUCAAAUGAAAUUUCUCCGCUAUAUUCAUUGUGGGCCACUUUUAUUGGCCUCUACAUUGCAAAUUAUGUUGUGGAAAGGUCAUCAGGAUGGGCUCUGUCACGUCCUUUGUCACUCAAAGAGUUCGAGAAAUUGAAGAAAAAGCAAACGAAACCUGAGUUCUUGGAUAUGGUUCCUUGGUAUUCAGGGACAUCUGCUGAUUUAUUCAAGACAAUGUUUGACCUGCUGGUCUCCGUAACUUUGUUUGUUGGACGCUUUGAUAUGCGAAUGAUGCAGGCUGCUAUGAGCAGGGUUGAAGAUGGGACUAAGCAGGAGGAUCUUUUGUAUGAUCAGUUUAGUGAGAAGGAUGGUCUGUGGUUUGACUUCAUGGCUGAUACAGGAGAUGGUGGAAAUUCUUCCUACUCUGUGGCUCGGCUUCUUGCUCAACCUUCACUCAGGCUCCAAGUAAAUGGGUCAAUGCGUACACUUCCACGUGGAGACAUGCUUCUUAUUGGGGGUGACCUUGCGUAUCCUAAUCCAUCAUCGUUUACAUAUGAGAAGCGCCUUUUUCGUCCCUUUGAAUAUGCUCUUCAGCCUCCUAUGUGGUAUAAGGAAGAACAUAUUGCUGUAAGUAAGCCUGAAUUGCCUCCUGAAGUGGAUGAACUUAGGCGGUAUGAUGGACCUCAGUGUUUUGUCAUCCCUGGAAACCAUGACUGGUUUGAUGGGCUUCAGACGUAUAUGAGGUACAUUUGUCACAAAAGCUGGUUGGGUGGUUGGUUUAUGCCUCAAAAGAAAAGCUAUUUCGCUCUGCAACUCCCCAACAGGUGGUGGGUAUUUGGUCUUGAUCUUGCUCUCCAUUGUGAUAUUGACAUAUACCAAUUCAAGUUCUUCUCAGAAUUAGUGAGGGAUAAGGUCGGGCAGAAUGAUUCUGUGAUCAUUAUGACACAUGAGCCUAACUGGAUUCUUGAUGGGUACUUUAAUCACGUGACUGGAAAGAAUGUUACCUACUUGAUACGUGACCAUUUGAAAGGAAGGUGUAGACUACGGAUUGCUGGAGAUGUGCAUCACUAUAUGCGGCACUCAUAUGUUCCAUCAAAUAGGCCUGUUUAUGUCCAGCAUUUACUUGUUAAUGGUUGUGGAGGUGCUUUUUUGCACCCUACGCAUGUCUUCAGGAAUUUCAAGGAAUAUUGUGGAACAUCAUAUGAGAGCAAAGCGUCUUACCCAACUUUUGAAGAUUCAAGCAGGAUUGCUUUAGGGAAUAUAUUGAAAUUUAGGAAGAAAAACUGGCAAUUCGAUGUUAUUGGUGGCAUGAUAUAUUUCAUGUUGGUCUUUUCUAUGUUUCCACAGUGUCAGCUAGAUCACAUUUUAAAAGACAACACCUUCUCGGGACGCUUGAGCACCUUCUUUGGCUCAGUGUGGGAUGCUUUUAUGUAUAUGCUGGGAUGCUCAUAUGUAUCAGCAGCUGGUGCUAUAUUACUUCUAACAAUUGCGAUAGUCUUUGUUCCUUCUAAGGUGUCUUGGAAAAAGAGACUACUAAUUGGGAUUCUUCAUGUAUCUGCGCACUUGGCUGCUGCCUUGAUUCUCAUGCUCUUGAUGGAAUUAGGUGUUGAGAUAUGUAUUCGGCAUAAAUUACUUGCAACUUCAGGUUAUCACACUUUAUAUCAAUGGUACCGGUCUGUGGAGAGAGAGCAUUUUCCCGAUCCAACUGGCCUUAGGGAACGUAUAGAACAAUGGACCUUUGGCCUUUAUCCAGCAUGUAUCAAGUAUCUCAUGUCUGGUUUUGACGUUCCUGAGGUAAUGGCCGUUACCAGGAGUAAUAUCUGCAAAAAUGGGAUGGAUUCUCUCUCCCGAGGGGGUGCUGUAAUAUAUUAUGCAUCGGUCUUCCUUUAUUUUUGGGUCUUAUCAACUCCGGUGGUUUCUUUGAUACUUGGAAGCUACCUUUACAUUUCCAUUAAUUGGCUUCACAUACAUUUCGAUGAAGCAUUUUCAUCACUCCGCAUUGCAAAUUACAAGGCAUUUACUCGGUUUCACAUCAAUAGCAAAGGCAAUCUUGAAGUUUUUACCCUUGCAGUCGAUAAGGUUCCAAAAGAGUGGAAAUUGGAUCCAAAGUGGGACGGAGAGUGUAAACAGCCACAAGAACUAAGUUACCUCCAGAGGUUCCCUAGCAAAUGGAGAGCUAAGGCCCUUCACCAGGACCCUGUAAAUACCGUGCGAAUAGUUGAUCAUUUUGUCAUUGAACAGAUAGAAAAAACUGAUUCAGAACUAUCGAAUGGGUCACUUAACCAUUGACUUGUUUGAUUACUAAAUAGUACUAUCAUUUUGUAAUUUGUACAGAUGUUGUAGGUUUAAAGUACUUAGAUGGUAGUUGAUAUAUAGGAAGUUAGCUGGAUAGAAACAGGAUUAUGAAAGACAAAUCAAAGAUGAAAGAUCCAUUGAAUCAUAGUUAAGGAAAGUGGAAAAUUGUGGUCAGUCAUUGUACUUCCUUUAUUUAGGCAAAUUUGUCUAUUGUAUUGUCAUUUUAAUUUUCAGAUUAUGGAGAUUUUUGUAGUA